AUGGCUGCACCUUCGGACCGGUAUAAUGGACUCCCUGCUUAUGAUAACAUCGAGCUUGCAGGCUGCGGUGGUAGUGAUGACGAUGCUGUGGAAGGCGCUCAUCUGCUCCCACGCGAUGACUUGGACGUCGAAGAGCCGUCAAUUAUUCGAGGAGACCUACUGAAGCGAAGCCCGAUAAAGAGGAGUUGGCUCGCGGGGCCUCAACCGCUAAGAAAACAGGAAAUUCGGCCAUUCCUACCAGAUCUACAGUCUUCUCCGAGCAGGCUGUUGAAUCACAUAUGUCCUACCACCCGGUCCAGGAAGCGAUUAUACUUUGCCUUUAUCACAUCAUGGUUGAUUCUGUUCACCAUACCCUUGAUAUGGAGCAGCUUGCCAACAACAGACGACACAGGGCAGGACGUUGUGAACCUCGACUGCAUCGACACCUUGUUCAAAUGGAAGAAUGAGUGCGGGCUGAACGGCAUCGACUGUGGCCCAUUUUCAAACAAGACCCUCGCAUUCAGAUGCCCAGCCGGCUACAAGGCCGUCAAGGUCCUCAAUCCACGCCUCAUUGGCGCUUCCGAGGUUAUCUAUCGACCACUGGUCGUUGGAGGACCCGAGUACCGCGGCGACUCUUUCAUAUGUGCGUCCGCCAUCCACGCUGGCAUCAUCAGCGAUUCCGGUGGUGGCUGUGGCCGACUCGAUAGGAUAGGAAAGCGUGAGUAUUUUCCAAGCUCGUGGAGUCAAGGCAUUGAGUCCAUUGCUUUCGAUUCGUAUUUCCCGGUGGCUUUCACGGUAUCCAAAGAUCCAGGUGUGCGGUGCGGCCCAGGCGAACUUCGUGGAGUUCUGCUUUUCAUAUCGAUACUCUUUACUUCUCUACUUUGUAUCUUCACGAUAUCAGAGCGCCAUUUCUUUACUACAUUUGUGGCAAUAUUUGUACACGUCGGCAUGGUGUCCGAUCCGCCCGGCGCCUCCCCUUACAACACCUCGACCUUCCCAGAUCACCUAUCUAAGCUUACGGGCGGACUACUCCCGGCUAUAUUCUGUGCUAUAGUUAUUUAUAAGACGAUAGUGGCAAGGACUCUGGCGAAAAUCCAGGCGCCCUUCGAGAAGACAAUUCUGUGGCUGGGCGGCUUCUGGUUUGGAGCUCUGUCAAACACAACCUUCGAAUGGAUCCCCAUCACGCGCCUCACCGCGCAUGACCUGAAGCAACAGACUGGUGCCAAGCUGGCUCUUGCCUUCAUUAUCAUUGCAAUAUUCUGCAUUUUCGUUCAGCAGGCAUACUCGCUCUGGCUGGAGGGCCGCCUCAUGCGCUAUCUCGGCAUUUACGCAGUCUUCCUCAGUGGAAUCGUUUUCUGCAUCAUGAUACCUGGCGUUGAAUUCCGACUACAUCAUUACGUUCUUGCUCUACUGCUCCUCCCGGGAACCAGCAUAGAGACUCGCCCCUCUUUGCUAUACCAGGGCAUCCUCCUUGGCCUUUUCGUCAACGGGAUUGCGAGGUGGGGCUUCGCAUCCAUUCUUGAGACACCCGCGGCUCUUCGCUCGGACGGCGGCUUUGAUUCAUUGAUACCGCCAUUUACAGCGUCCGUCGUUGAAAUGGGCCACAUCACCUUUACUUGGUCUCAACCACCAGCCGGGUCCGCAUUUGACGGCAUCAGCAUUCUUGUCAAUGAUGUCGAACGACACCGGUCACUCUUUGGUGACCAGCAGUCCUCUGAAAACAAUUUCACUUGGUUGAGGGCUACAGACACGCCCUUGCCAGAAUACUUCCGGUUCGGAUACAUGAAGAAGGGUCUCGCUCUGGACUACUCACCCGCGGGAAUAUGGCACAGCAAUGGGACGUGGGAUGCUGGACCUGCCAGACUUUGA